AUGGAAAUAUUUGGUGUUCACCACCCACUGGUGUUUACAUUUGGUAUCUUGGGUAACAUUGUUUCAAUCUUUGUGUACCUUGCUCCAUUGCCAACAUUUAUCGAAAUAUGUAGAAAAAAAUCAACUUUAGGGUUUCAAUCCCUACCAUAUGUGGUAGCUCUAUUCAGUGCCACGCUUUGGAUGUACUAUGCAUUACUCAAACCAGAUGCAAUCCCUCUCAUCUCGAUUAACUCAUUUGGAUGCAUCGUAGAGACAAUUUACAUCAUCAUUUUCCUUGCUUAUGCAUCCAAAAAGGCUAAGAACGACACAGCCAAGCUACUUGCUUCUAUGAAUGUGGGACUCUUCUCUGUGAUCCUUCUCAUUACACAACUUCUAAUUAAAGAGUCAUUUCGCGUCUCUGUCAUUGGAUGGAUUUGUGUAGCCAUUUCUGUGAUCGUUUUUGCAGCACCUCUAAGCAUUGUGUUUCAUGUUGUCAAAACUCGGAGUGUUGAGUUCAUGCCAUUUACUUUAUCGUUCUUCCUUACAUUAAGUGCAAUUAUGUGGUUCGGUUAUGGCCUACUAAAAAAGGACUGGUGUAUUGCGCUCCCAAACAUAUUUGGUUUCUUAUUGGGGCUGCUUCAAAUGCUUCUAUAUGGAAUAUAUAGAAAUGCUAAGGAAGUUGUGAAGGAGAUAAAAUUGCCGGAACACAUUAUCAGCAUUGUGAUGUUGGGAACCUCUGAGGUACAUCCUGUAGAUGCUCAAAUGCCUAGUGAUGAUGAUAACGAUGGGGAAGAAGGUGAGAAGCAUGAUCAAACAGAUCAUAACCAUGAGAAAAGUGUGGAUUUAGCCACGCAUGAACGCAGCCAACCAAAUAUGCAGCUUGAUUCGUCAGUGCUUGUCAUGUGUGCAGCUUGAUUUGCAUUUUUCAUGCACUCGGCUCCAUUUACAUGAUAUUACAUUCUCUCUCGUCUCUCUCUGGUAUAUCUAAUCUUCACUUGUAACUCCUAAGGUGUGUUGUAACGCCAAUCAAUGUUAUUUUUUUCCUUUUUUUUCUUUAUGGCAAUCAAUGGUUUAUUCUUCAAAAUCUA